AUGAAAUCUGGAAGGUCUUCAAAACUUGGUGUUCAAAUCUCUCCAAGUGGGAAUCUUUUCGACAUGGAAUAUAUGGACGACAUUGUUUUCAGUCUUGCAAAGGAGGGAGAAACAGUCCUUCGAUUUCCAAUUAAUUGGUUACGUCCUGACAUAAUUGGUGUCACCGUCAUGAUGUCUGGCGAAGAGGAGCUACCAUCAACACCGUCUGCUCUGUUCUCGCCCUCGGGUGUUAUGCUCAACGUAUCAUUCACAUUUAUCCUGAUGGCUUUGUUUCAUCUUCUUCGGCGUACUGCUUGCAAACUGGGAUGCUCCUUCACUGGAGCAUCGCCUGCUAAGUCGAGUGCUCUUUCUGAAUUACGGCUUCUUCGGGAGAGUGGACUUCGUGACAGCGAACGCGUCGUGGAUUUAUGGUAUUCUACGGUUCGUCACAGUACUGAUUUGGGACAUGACAAGUGGACGAUUUUGGAACAAGUUUUCAUUGCCGCUUUAGACGUGGCUGAUGACCGGUUAGCUUGGGAAUGCUUGGAACGGCUGAAGACUCAGUUCAAGAAAAGUUCGCGCGUUGACCGCUUGACUGGAAUGUAUUUGGAAAAAAAUGGCAGAUUCGACGAUGCACAUGCGGUCUACACCCAGCUUCUUAAUGAUGAUCCAACGAACACGCUGGCUCGUAAACGAAUGAUCGCAAUUCUCAAGGCCCAGCGAAAAAAUGUGGAGGCUAUCUACGAGCUUCGUCAAUAUCUGAAAAUUUUCAUGAGUGAUUUUGAAGCAUGGAACGAACUUACAGAUUUGUAUCUUGUCGAAGGCGAUUUCAAGCACGCAGCGUUUUGUAUGGAAGAACUGAUUCUCUCCAAUCCACACAAUCAUCUCUAUUGUCAGCGAUAUGCGGAGAUCAAGUACACGGAAGGCGGUUCUGAGAAUCUUGAAUUAGCGCGUGCAUAUUUUUCUCGGUCAUGUCAGUUGAACCCAAACAACUUGCGCAGUCUUUACGGCCUGUUACUGGCCUGUUCUGCUCUAGACCAUCAUUUGAGCUCAGCACCGCUAGGAUCUGUUCCCGUUCUCAGUUGGAAAGAGGCUCCUCAACCUUCACCAGGCAGCAAAAAAAUCAAGUCCACCACUUCGCACUUGUUUAAUUCGGUUCCACCUGGAAACACUCUGGAUAUGCAAUCGGUGAUGCAGUUUGCUUCCGCACCGUCCAACGCUGAACUUAAUCGGUAUCUGGCUCGAUGGGCCGGACAACAAAUCCGGCAAAUCUAUGAUCAUUGUGACCAUGUUUUUGUCAUGGACGCAAAUGCCUGCAUCGGAGGUGAUAAAUAA